ACUUACGUCAAAAAAAAAACUUCUUACUUGUAACUUCCCAUCCCUGUCCGUGGAUGAUACGUCAGUAAAAUAAUAUUCUAUAUUUUUUAAGAUUUUAUAAUUAAAAAAAAGUGUUUUAAAAUAUUUACAAUUUACACCUUUUUAAUUCAAUAUGAAUAGUUCGACAGAUCCACGACGUCCUGAGAAGGAAAUUCGUUAUAAACCCGCAGUGACGAGUACUCAAGCCCAACCAGGAGAUGAUUUAACGCCAGAUUAUAUGAAUAUAUUGGGAAUGAUUUUUAGUAUGUGCGGUUUAAUGAUGAGACUAAAAUGGUGUGCGUGGGUUGCUCUUUAUUGUUCCUGUAUUAGUUUUGCUAAUUCAAGGGUGAGCGACGAUACAAAACAAAUUCUCAGUAGUUUUAUGUUAUCUAUUUCCGCUGUUGUAAUGUCUUAUUUACAAAAUCCACAACCAAUGACACCACCUUGGGCAUCUGCUAUUCAAUAAAAAUUUUUGAAAAUUCUUUAUAUUUCACUUUUUCAACUGUAAAAAAAGAGUUAAAAGAAAAUUUAUAUACUUAAUUAAAAAUUUUAUAAAUAUAAAAUUUUCACAACUAUUCCGUGAAUACGUGGCAAUUUUUAAUAUAUAUAUAGAAAUAAAUCAGUUAAUUUUGA